AUGAAUGAUUUUGAACAAAGACUGGAAACAAUUUUGGGAACAUUAGAUGGUGGGUCGAGAAUUCGCGACUGUCAAGACGUGCAACGCUUAGGAUAUAACACAACCGGUAUCUAUACGAUAUAUCCUGAUGGAACAAUGGGAUUUCCAGUGAGAUGCGAUAUGGAUGGUGGUUGGACUGUUAUACACAGAAGAGUGUCUGAAAGUGACUUUUAUAAGUCUUGGAACGAUUAUCAGACUGGAUUUGGAAAUCUAAGCAAUAAUUUCUGGCUAGGAAAUCAACAGAUACAUACAAUUACCACAAGGGGGUGGUAUCAGUUGCGUGUUGAUCUUGAAACAGUUAGCGGUAUUGUUGCAUAUGCGGAAUAUAAUGUUUUUUCGGUCGGGAAUGUUGACUCCAUGUAUAAACUCUCCGUGGACGGUUAUAGUGGUAAUGCAAGUGACAGUCUUGCAAAUUACCACAACGGGAAAAAGUUUUCUACCAAGGAUAGGGAUAACGAUGACUACAGUGGGCACUGUGCACAAAAGCAUCAUGGCGGCUGGUGGUACAGAUCUUGUGAUAUGUCUAAUCUUAACAGGAACUAUGAUGCUAUGGAGUGGGAAUCAUUUACGGGAACUGACGAUCCUUUGCGUUUUACAGAAAUGAAGAUCCGACGUUGGCGACCGACUGCCGAAGAUUAA